UUGCUGUCAAUUUUGGAUUGGGCCUGUUGGAUUGCGAAUGUUUUUAUUUUCUUUCUCGUCAUUUCCCGUUCAUUUCUUUAGCGGCAGUCGCUUGCGAAGUUUAGUUUUUGUAUAUUCAACGAUCAACAGAAGUGUAUCGAAGAUGUCCAUCGAUAUUAAUGCAAUCGGUGCCCAAAAAGUGAAGAGCGUCGCCAAUGGAGAGGUGAAAGAGCUGAAGAGUUUCUGGGAGGACCAAAAUGUGGCCGUCAUCUUCUUCCGUCGCUGGGGAUGCAUGUUCUGCAGGCUGUGGGCUAAGGAGCUUGGAGAUAUAGCCCCCAUUCUGUCAAAGCAUAACAUCAAGCUGGUUGGCAUCGGUGUCGAGGAGGCCGGCUCCAAGGAAUUCGUUGACGGGAAAUUCUUCGAUGGAGACCUGUACUACGUAGAGAACAUCGCGACGUACCAGCAACUCGGUUUCAAGCGGUUCAACCUCGUCACGAUCCUCACGUCCCUGCUGUGGAAGCAGUCACGCGAGGCCAUCGCUAAAGGCCGCAGCAUGGGCCUCGGGGGUGAUUUGAAGGGUGAUUGGGUGCAGACAGGUGGGGCACUGAUGAUGGAAAAGGGGGGAAAGGUGCUCCAUCACUUCGCACAGCAAGGGCCGGGGGAGCAUAUGUCCAAUUUGGACAUUUUGAAGACGUUUGGUCUUGAGAACGAGUACAACCCUGAGACGAUGGCCAACAAGAAACCUGAGGAAAGGGGAGAGUGCAAUACAGAGGCUGCGCCCUAAGGAAUGGCUGAGAACACUGGAGCGCCACUCUCUGGCUCCUAUACACACGAUAUGGACGGAGCGGCGUUGCAAGCAUAGCAAGGUGUAGCAGUAUAGUUGACGUGGGGAGGUUCGUUGCUGGUUUCACACAGUAUUUUAGACUUUUUAUUGACUUUAAUUUUUUUUGCUAGAUGUGCCCGCGGUUUUGCCCGCGUGAAAUUAUUUUCA